AUGUCUUUCGCCUUUUACGGAACUUGUCUUCUUCUUUUGAUCUUUACCCGUUCAUCUGCAACAGUAGCGGACGAAAAAAAAGUUGACAAGGAUCUCGUUGUCAAAUUGCCUUGUUCAAAGAUCUACUGCUUCACCAGUUGCGGUGGCUCGGGAUUGGAGUACCUCGACUUGCAAAUAACAGGAUUUCCUAUGGUUCCAAACGCAAAGGAAUCAAAUUUUAACAUUUCGUUUAUUCCAAGAAAGACGAUCACUUACAUUGUUGCUACUGUCAAUUACUCUAUAAGUGUCAACAAGUUUCCCAACACGACGCCUAUCACUCUGUUCAAAACUUUCAUUGGAUGUGGAGCACACCGCAGUUCACGAUUCCAUUGCCCAUUGCUUGCAGGAAAGAAAGAAAACAUCAGUCAAAGCUUCAGUCUAGAGGGAGCAUAUGAUCUUCCACUAAGGGUUGGUGUGCAGCUUUUUGUAGUUGCCAAGCUGUUUGAUCAGAAUAAUCAACUAAUUCUUUGCGUGAAAGGAGAACCAGUGUAGAGAGUAUACUAGUCAACCUACUCUGCAAGGCGUGUAGAAACCAGAUACAACGGUGUUGUUAUAUACAGAUACCUGCGUGCGUGCGUGCGUGUGUGUGUGUGUGUGUGUGUGUGUG